CGACGGGCGGGUCGGUCUGUCGCUGAAGAAGAAGGAGAGGUUUGUUCUGUCCAGGCACCUCAGGAAGAAAAAAAAGUUGUUCCCAGGAAAAGGAGCGCACUGUCCGACCAACCGAGGAAGACUCUUUUCUGCUUGUCUCUUUCAUUUUUAUUUUUAGCUUACCAGAACGAAAUGCUAUAGUGGUUAAACUGGACUAAAACUUCUCGGAAGCUGUAGAAAAGUUGUCUCAAGGAAACGAAGCGACGCCUGGCAUUUUUAAGCUAGCUUUCGCCCCACUAUUCCUCUGUAAUUUUCUUUUUUGGGGGGAAUAGAAGACUGGUGGACUAAUAAAUGUCAUUUUGACUCCACUGGUCCUGAGUUACAGAACAAGUUUUAGCUGAUGAGUUGGUCUGUCUCAGCCUGUAAUACCGCUUUGGUCCUCGGGCAGCGAUGUUGAGUCCCAGUUUUAGCCCAACCUACGAAGAAGAAAGGACACUGAAAGUCUAACACUAUUAACCCAUAUGGAUCUCCGGUUAAUUGUGCUAGCGUCGUCGUUAGCGCUCCUGAGCUUCAUUAGAGCACAACAAGAGGGAAGCGAAUGCAUCAAGGCGAACGCUCAGUCAUGUGGUCAGUGCAUCCAAGUGGCAGAGUCUUGUGGAUGGUGCACGGAUGAGGACUUCCUCUCGGUGGGUGAGUCCAAGUCCGCUCGCUGUGACGACUUGGAGUCCCUGAAAGCCAGAAAAUGCAAUGUGGCCAAAAUUGAGAACCCUCGAGGCAAUAUUGUGAUCAACAAGAACAAACCCGUCACCAACCGCAAGAAGGAUGACACAGACAAACCCAAACCCGAGCAAAUCACGCAAAUCCAGCCUCAAAAGCUCACUCUAACCCUGCGAUCUGGUGAGCCGCAGACUUUUGAUUUGAAGUUCAAGCGAGCUGAGGACUAUCCCAUCGACCUCUACUACUUGAUGGACCUUUCCUUCUCCAUGAAAGACGAUCUGGACAAUGUUAAGAACCUGGGCACAGACCUCAUGAGAGAAAUGCAGACCAUCACAUCAGACUUCAGGAUUGGUUUCGGCUCAUUCGUGGAGAAGACUGUGAUGCCGUACAUCAGCACCACUCCGGCGCGUUACAAGAACCCAUGUACAGGCAGCCAGAACUGCACUAGCCCCUUCAGCUACAAGAAUGUCCUGAAGCUGACCAACAAGGGUGAUCAGUUCAACCGGUUGGUCAGCCAGCAGCAGAUCUCAGGAAACCUGGAUUCUCCAGAGGGUGGCUUCGACGCCAUCAUGCAGGUGGCCGUGUGCGAGGAGCAGAUUGGCUGGAGGAACGUUACCCGUCUCCUCGUCUUCUCUACGGAUGCGGGGUUCCAUUUUGCUGGGGAUGGAAAACUGGGUGGUAUCGUGCUUCCCAACGAUGGCAAAUGUCACCUGGAGAACAACAUGUACACCAUGAGUCAUUACUACGACUAUCCCUCCAUUGCACAUUUAGUGCAAAAACUGAGUGACCACAACAUUCAGACUAUCUUUGCUGUCACAGAGGAAUUCCAACCCGUUUACAAGGAGCUGAAAAAUCUCAUUCCCAAAUCGGCCGUGGGCACCCUGUCAUCCAAUUCCAGCAAUGUCAUCAAACUCAUCAUUGACGCCUACAACUCUUUGUCAUCCGAGGUAAUCUUAGAAAAUGGACGGCUUCCGGAAGGAGUUUCCAUCACCUACAAGUCCAUCUGUAAAAACGGGGUGGAGGGAACUGGCGAGAAUGGCAGGAAGUGCUCCAACAUCUCCAUUGGAGAUGAGGUGACCUUCAAAAUCUCCAUCGAAUCUCAGAAGUGCCCGUCACAUGGCAAGGCGGAAAGCAUCAAGAUCAAACCAUUGGGCUUCACCGAAGAGGUGGAGGUGGUUCUCAACUUCAUCUGCGAAUGUCAGUGCUCGGCCCAGGGGGAGCCCAACAGCAACAAAUGCGACAAUCGUCAUGGCACCUUUGAGUGCGGGGCUUGCAAAUGCAACGAGGGUCGCAUUGGGCGUCAGUGCGAGUGCAGCACCGAUGAGGUCCGUACGGAGGAUUUGGAUGCAAAUUGUCGCAAGGACAACGGCACCGACAUCUGCAGCAACAACGGCGAUUGCGUCUGCGGAACCUGCGAGUGCAAAAAGAGGGAAAUCCCCUCUGAGAUCUACAGCGGAAAAUACUGCGAGUGCGACAACUUCAAUUGUGACCGCUCCAACAACAAGCUCUGUGGAGGCCACGGUCGUUGCGAGUGCCGCGUGUGUGUGUGCGACGACAACUACACAGGCAGCGCGUGCGACUGCUCGCUGGACACGUCCACCUGCCUGGCCAAGAAUGGACAGAUCUGCAAUGGGCGAGGAACCUGUGAGUGUGGCGUCUGCAAGUGCACCAACCCCAAGUUCCAGGGACCUACGUGCGAGAUCUGCCCCACCUGCCCCGGUGUUUGCGCGGAACACAAGGAGUGUGUCCAGUGCCGAGCGUUCCAGGCGGGUGAGAAGAAGGACACGUGCGAGCGCGACUGCAGUGACUUUGUGCUGAUCAAAGUAAAGGACCGCGAGAAACUUCCUCAGCCCACCGACCAGAGCUUCCCUCUGACGCAUUGCAAGGAGAGGGACGCAAACGACUGCUGGUUCUACUACACCUUUGCCAUCCGCAACGACACCAAGGAAGUCUACGUCGUCGAGACACUGGAAUGUCCGGCGGGUCCUGACAUCAUUCCGAUAGUGGCGGGAGUGGUCGCUGGUAUUGUCUUGAUCGGACUGGCCCUGCUGCUAAUCCUCAAACUGCUCAUGAUUAUCCACGACCGCCGCGAGUUCGCCAAGUUCGAGAAAGAGAAGAUGAACGCCAAGUGGGACACGGGUGAGAAUCCCAUCUACAAAAGUGCCGUUACCACAGUGGUGAAUCCAAAGUAUGAAGGUAAAUAAUGGAACGUCUUCGUCUCUCCCAAGGAAACACUGUACGGAAAAUAAAAAUGGGGCUUUUUUUGUGGGAGCCUGUGGGGUUUAUCAUGUUGUCAUUCUUAUAUAUGUGCCACUAUUGCUCACUUUUUACUAUGCAUCAAUGUGUACAGUCUUGUUUGUUAAAAAUUUCAUUGUUUUGAUCAAAAUGUGUGGUACUGAUCCUGAUUUAGAUUUUUUUUUUUUUACUUGGUACCUGGUAGCCUAACUGUGCCUUUAUUGAAUAAGGCCAAGACAUGUGUUUUACAGAAUGAUAGAGAAAAAAAAAGACAUGAAAAAGAUUUAGAAAACUUAUGCAAAGUGGCAUGUAUUGUGUACAGUAUGUUGUUACUUCUGGAGGUAAUGAAUUUUGUCCAGUGUGUUUGGGUUCUGUGUAAAAAGUCAUAUGCAUUGAACAGGGUUGGUGCUACAUUAGAUUGAUUGAUGGAAACAAUCAUUUUGAACGUAAAACGCACCAGUCAGUGUACAGUACUUGUUAUUAGUUUUCUUUCUAAAGCCAACUCAGGUGUGGAACAUUGCCAAAUAUACACAUAACAAGCUUUUUUAUUUUUAAUAUAUAAUUUUGCGAGUGUAACCUGCAUAUUUCUUUAGUCACUUCAAAUGUGUCCAAGCGAAAUUAAGAAAAAUUGUCAUCUUGUGAAAAAGGUAUACUUUCAUUCCGUUGUAACAUGUAAUAUCUACUUGCAUUUUUUUAUUUUUUAUUUUUCUCCAUUUUUGAUGCUCACUGUGUUUGACUAUCACACAGUAAAGCAUUUCUUUGAUAUUCUGUAAAAAUAAUAAAUACAAAUUGUUGAGAUAAUUUUUGUGGAUGAAUGACCAUCAGUAAAUCAGGGCACAUCAAAUUCAGGGUACUGAGAUAAAAAUGCUUUGCAAGGGUGAUUUUAAGGGGAUGUACUAUUGACGAGAGUGUGUUAUACUUGGAAAUGAGGGUGAAGCAGGAAGUGGAUUGUGAAGAUAAAGGCAUGGAAAUGUUUGUUUUUGAAAAACAUCUGUUGAGAUACGAUUUCACGUGAUUACACUUUUUAAGUGCCUUUAUUUGGAUUAUCAUUUUUUUAACAACACAAAACGGCAUCCAUAAUUGAAUUUGUGUUUUUCAGAUAUUAUUUAUUGAAUAAUAAAAUUCAAAUGUAUCUUUUUGA